AUGCGUGCACAAGGUGGUGGUUAUUCACGACCUCUGUGUUUAAUUCCAAUCCCAUCAGAUGGCUACAGUGUACCAUAUCUUAAAGAGAUGGUGGGUGCCAGUACGACAAUUUAUAUACGUCCAAUGAAAGAAUCAUUGUCUGCUGAAAAAGCUCCUGUGUCACUCAGUCCAGAUAGUCCAUUGACUGAAUGCACAACAUGUAAUAAGCAAGUUCCAAUAUUUGCUUUGCGCCAGCAUUCUAAAGACUGUGGUGCUAUAGACAUUAAUAGCGACACUGAAGAAAUUGAAGAUAUUUUAAACCAAGAUGAUGGUGAAGUCGUGAUAGAAGAUACUGCAAAUUUGAAUUCCCCGAGCACGUCAGAAGAUAAGAUAGCCGCAGUGAAUACCCCAAGCACGUCAGAAGUGAAGAUAGUCUCAGACUCUGAUAAACCUGGUACGUCGAAGCAAUGUUGGUUGUCACAAUUAGAGAUAGCAUUUCCCAACGCUGAAAAAAAAAGAUCUAGAAGAUAUUGCAUCAAUUGCCAUAACAAUUGAUGAUGCAGCAUGUCUGCUUCUAGACAAGCAGACACCUGAUAAAGAGGAAAAUAUAUCCUUGGAGGAUUUAAUUGAGUCGUUUGUAGAGAAAAACGAAUUAUCUGGUGACGAAUGUAUACUUGUAGACCGAGAGACAUUAUGGAUGGACGUUGUUAAGUUCUAUAAGAGAUCGCUUACAAAACCAGAUAUCCUCCGAAAAGAACUUUGUGUCUCGUUCAAAAAUGAAGAAGGUCUUGACGGUGGCGCUAUGAAGAUAGAGUUUUUCUCAUUGGCCCUUAACGAGGUAAAAUCUCGAUUGUUUGAAGGUGCUGAGCCAAAUAUGGUACCAAUCAAAGAUGAAACGAAAGGUAUGUUGUUUCAGCUUGCUGGUGUAAUUGUAAGUCAUGCAUUAUUCCAGAGAAGUUCGAUUGGCUUUCCGUUUCUGGCACCACAUAUUUACUCCUAUAUAGUAGGAGAAGAAGAGGAUGAAACCAUAUCCAAAAUUACGAAGGAGCAUAUUCCACUGGAUUCCUCAACCGCAUUAUUGCAUGAAUUCAUAAACUGUCUUGAAACAUGCAAAAACGAUGAUGAUAUCCAUCAGCUGUUAGAGGAAAAUUCGAAAUGCGAAGCAUUUUGGCAGAUUAUAAAUUCGUCACGAUGGCCGAAAGAGAAGGUGAUCAAUAUGAGUAGUAAAGAUUUCCUUUUACAGCAUCUUGUGUCGCACGAAUUGCUUGUCUCAAGGAAGAAUGAAAUACAGGAAUUUUCAGAGGGAUUAAAAUCCCUCAGCCUCCUUAAGCUUCUUCAAAAGAAUAAAGAGAUCUGCACAAUUUUAUUCACCGCUGGAGAAUUUCAACCACUUACUGCAGAUGGCAUAAUGGAAAUGAUUAUUGCAGUUGAAACUCACAGUUUUUCUGAACGUCAAGCAUAUGAGUGGUUGAAAUCUUAUAUUAACGAAGAUGAAGAUGAAGAGUUUCCUGGUGAUUCCCGACAACGUGCACUAUUACAGUUCUGGACUGGAUGGACAGCGGUUCCAUUUGGUGGGUUAGCAAAAAGGUUGAAGGUAGCAUUUUUGGCAGAUGACGAUACUAAGAGUCUACCAACAACAUCAUCGUGUACAGCGGUAUUAAGGAUUCCCACAGUCCAUAGCUCAAAGAAAGGUUUUUUUGAAGCAAUGAACAUUGCACUUAAGUUCGGUAGGGUUGGAUUUCCUAACCCUUGA